AAACUGAGAAAUGAGAAUAGAGGAAAGACAAAUUAACGCAUGUUAAGUCAGAGUGUUUAGGCUCCAGCUCUUUUCGCCGGAUCCCAAAAAAAGCCCAGCGGGUUCUUUGUGACUCGCCUCUCCCCAACUCCGACAAAACGCGGCUCGCCUGCUCCUCAAAGUUUUCCAGCAGCUGAACUUGGGAGGAAUAACUGUUGAAGGAUUUAUGGGCUGUGCCACAUCCACCCCUUGGAAACGACAACAAUCCCUAUGACGCAAGGCCUUUAUCACUUUGCUUUGAAUGUGCAUCUGAGAUGCGUGCCAUCUCGAAGAAAGGUUUUGCACUGCUUUUGGUCGGUGGACUACUGUUAGUAGCCUUGUUCUAUUCUUUGAGCCCCGGGGCCGGCUCAAAAGUUGACAUACGGCGAGGACAAGGGAGCACCAUAGAGAAGCUGCUGCAGAAGAAAAAUAAAGAGUCCAUCAGUGGCUAUCAGGACAUACCUUACCAUAUAAAUGAGGAUGUGGCAUGUCGCCUGGCACAAAAUACAUGUGCAUGCAAGGCAGAUAAGGAGACCUUUCACUUGCCAUUCUCCCAGCUGUUUUUCCCACAUGUGUGGGCUCACAACCUCCGUGCUGAAUUCUUGGGCUCUGAUCCUGAUCCUGAGGGAGUAAAAAGCCGCAGGGCUCAGGAGUACAACAGCUUUCAGAAGAGAUACCGCACUCCUGCAGACCUGCUUAUUGUAGCUGAAGCCAACAGUCCACUUCAGUAUCCUACCCAGGGUGUGGAGGUGCGACCCCUCCAAACUAUCUUUAUUCCUGGUUUGGGUCUUAAACAAACACCAAGGUCCAAGCACAUGGUAUACCUGACAGCAACGUUAGGUACCUUUGAUGUGGCAGCUACUGUGGACGGGGUUUCUAUCAAAGGACAGGGAGAGAAAAACAUUACACUAUCAAGUGCCCUUCUCUCCACUCUGAACAGGCAGUUGCAGUUUAUCACCUAUACAAACACUCUGUUCCAUCCCAGGACCGCAGACACAGUUCAGUUUGCAACUGAAGGACACCUGUCAGUUUUCACCAUUAAGGUCGCACAUAGAGCCAUCCCGAAACUUUACAACUCUGGGACUAAUGGAGAGUACAAUAUUAGCGCCCUUGUCACCUUAGCCACCAAGACUUUUCUGCGCUAUGAUAAACUCAAAGAUCUUAUUGACAGCAUACGGCAGUUCUACCCCACUGUCACCAUAGUGAUAGCCGAUGAUAAUGAACAUCCUAAUCCAGUAACUGGGCCUCACAUUGAACAUUACAUCAUGCCAUUCGGAAAGGGUUGGUUUGCAGGGAGGAACUUGGCGGUGUCUCAGGUCAGCACCAAGUAUGUGCUGUGGGUGGAUGAUGACUUCAUCUUCACUGAGAACACCAAGCUGGAGAAGAUGGUGGAUAUCCUGGAGAAGACCACCCUGGACCUGGUGGGUGGGGCAGUGAGAGAGGUAACAGGGUACACUGCGACCUACCGACACACCAUUUCAGUGGAAGAGGGGGACGAGGAGGGUGACUGUCUACAUAUCAGGCAAGGCUACCACCACGUCAUCGAGGGGUUUCCCAGCUGCGUGGUGGCGGAUGCGGUCAUUAACUUUUUCAUGGGGAGGACAGACAAGGUGCAGCAGGUGGGGUUUAACCCCCGCGUGUCACGGCAAGGUCAUCUGGAGUUCUUCAUCGACGCUUUGGGCGCCCUCCACAUCGGCUCCUGUAGUGACGUCGUUGUAAGUCACGCAUCAAAGAUCAAACUACCCUGGAGCAAAAGUGAGACCGACAAGGCCUAUGAGAAGUUCCGCUACUCCGCCACAGACAGCGGCAAAACUCGCACUGAGCUGUUCUAUUUCAACAGCAGAUUCAAGUGCAUGACGAGUAACUGAAACCUGGAGUCCUGCUGAUCUCUCGUGGCUGCGUUUAUUUAAAAAUGUGUUUGAUGGUGUCCAAGGCAAGAGCUUAAGCUGUUCUUCUGUUGAAUGUGUGGACAGGCAUUUUCUUUUUCAACACAUAAUGAUUGUUGGCUUAAUAAGGUGGUAAGAGGAAUCAUGCUGAAGAGCUGGAUCCUCUGUUGUUUGGUGGAUAUACAGCUUGUUUUACCCCCCACUAUCUGUGCUCUAGGAGUGCCGGGGGGUUGUUUAUUAAUUAAAUUCAGGUUCUUGAUUCCCACAUAAUGUGGUUUUGUGGAAGUUCGACCAGAGGCUUUACCUGGUUCCUCAGGGUACUUUUUUAUGCUUUAAAAAAUAGAUAUAUUUCAGUGUUUUGGUUGAUGGUUUCACUGUUUCACGUGUUUGCUCAUUUUUAUAAGCAGUCAGUCACUUGGCACACUGUGCACUGUAAAUGUUCUAAAAAAUGUUAUAUGCUAAUGCUCCAUCCUGUGUCACAAGAAAUCACUGCUAAAAAAGUUGUUUCUGAAUAAAAUGUGUGCUCGCUCCAAACCGUGACAA